AUGUUUUCUAAAUUGAAAAACUUUUCAGAGGAUGUAGCUAAAAGUUUAAAUGAUUUAACUGCUUUAGAUAAUCAACAACAACAAUCACAACAACAAUCACAAACACAAUCUAAUAAAAUUGACCAAUUGCAAAAAUAUUCAAAAAUUUUAAAAACACAAACUCCAGAAUUAAAUGAUUUAAAUGACAAUGAAGAAACUAAUGAUUUAUCUGAUUCUCAACUUAAAAAAUUUUUAAAAUAUGAAGAAAAAUAUCCAAUUUUAUUACAAUCUUAUAAAAUUGAAAAGAAAAAGAAUGAAAUAAUAUUGCAAUUGGAAGACGUUUUAAAAGAUAUUACUCCAAUUAAUUCAAUAUCUGAUAUUAAAGCAUUAGUUGAUUAUUUGAACAAUUUAAAUGAAAAAAAUAAAUUAUUAAAUAAUGAAGUUCGAAGUUUAAAUAAAGAAAUUUCAAAUGUAAAUUAUAAAGUUGCUAAAACAGAGGAUGAAAAUAAUGGAAUGAAAUUAGAAGUCGAACAAUUGAACUCUUCUCAAAUUACAAAUGAGAAACGUAUAGAGCAAUUAAUAAAUGAAAUAAAUGAAUUAAAAUUUAGUGAUGAUAAAUUAAAGGAACAAAUUAAAACUUUGACCAAGGAAAACCAUGAAUUGAAACUUCAGUCAGAAAAUACAUCAGAGGUUAAUAAAUUAGAUCAAGAUGAUACUAGUUUGAAAUCAGAAAUUGAAGAGAAACAACAUAAAAUAAACAAUCUUAAUACAAAAUUAGACGAUUUGAUUACAAAAAACUCCGACUCAGAGACCAGGUUUAAGUCAAUAAUAGAUACAAAAGAUAAAACAAUACAGGAGCUCAAAACUGAAGUUGAAAAUUUACAUCAACCAAAUUUACUACAAGAUUUAGAUUCUAAAAAUGAAAAAAUACAAACUUUGGUAAAUGAAAUUGAACAGUUAAAAAAUUCCAAUAACAAUCUAAUGGACAAUUUUUCACAAAUUGAAGGUGAAGGAAAUAAAUCUAAUAAUAACAACAAAAACAAACAAAUUCAUAAUCUCAAAUCCGAAAUUAAUCAAUUGAAAAAACAAAUUUCACUGUACGAACAACAACUAAAUGACUCGAAAAUUGAAAAAUUGCAACCUCAAUCGAAUGAAAACACUAUUGAAAUCAAUGGAUUGAAACAAGAAGCACCAACUGAUAAUUUAGAAUUAACCAAUUUAAAAACUCAAUUGGAAACUAAAACUAAUGAAAUAGAACAAUUUAAAAAUCAAAUUUCAUAUUUAAACAAUCAAUUACAAGAUAAAAAAGAUGAAAUUGAAGAUUUAAAAGAUCUGUUGAAAGAAAUAGGAAAUGAUUUAGUUUCAACAAGAGAGCAAAUGAAAUCCUUAAAAUCAUCUUCACCUUCGCUUGAAACAAAAUAUGAAAAUUCACAAAAGGAAAUUAAAUCUUUGAAUUCACAACUUGAAAAUUUAAAAUCUGAAAUUUCACAAAAUAAAGAAUUUUUUAAAACAACCGAAAAUUCUUUAAAAGAGCAAGUUCAAACAGCAGUCAAGAUUCAAAAAGAAUUAGAAAAUAAAUUAGAAUCAACAAAUAAGGAGUUGAAUAAUAUUGAACAAGAAAAAGAAAAGUUUUUAGCCCGUAUCAAUGAUUUAUCAAAUUUCAAAAAUCAAGAGUCUUCUUUAAAAUUGGAAAUUUCUUCACUCAACAAUUCAAUAAAACAUAAAGAAAAUACAUUGGCCGAUUUCAAAUCAAAACUUGACAAUUCUCAGAGUGAAAUUAAGUCUUUAGAUGAGAAAUUGAAAGCUUUAACAACCACAAAUCAAGAGUUACAAUCUUCUUAUUCAAAUUUAUUAAAAGAUAAAAAUGAUUUACUUACUAAACAAGAAAUUUCAUUGGAUUCUAUAAAGAAUUUAAAUUUGCAAAUUAGCAAUUUACAAUUGAAUAAUCAAGAAUAUAAAAACGAAAACUUACAGUUGAAAAACAAAUUGGAAUUCUUAGAAAAUGAUCAAAGAAAUUCCAAGAAUGAUUUAAUUUCAAUUAAAAAACAACAUGAAGAACUGAUCUUUAAAUCAAAAGAAUAUGAUCAGAGAAUUGAAAAUUUACAAGAUGAUUUAAAUGAAUCAAGAAAUUUAUUGAGUGAUAAAAAUAGAGAAGUGCAAAAUAUUAAAAGGUUAUUAGUUGACGCUCAAGAUUUAAUUAAACAAAAAGAUUCUGAUUUUAAUUAUGAAAUUGAAAAAAUCAAUGAAUCCAAAAAUGAAAUGGAGAAACUAAAUAAUUUAAAUAUUAAGAAGAAGACUAGAGAAAUUGAAGAAUUAAAAAAUAAAAUUGAAAUUUUGAAUAAAAAUCUAUCAGUUAACGAAAAUACUUUGAAAUUGGAAAAAUCAAGACAAAAUUCUUUACAAGAUUUACAUUACACUGAUCAAGCAAAAGUUAUAAAUGAACUUCGUUCAACAGUUGAUAAUCUUAAAAAAUCACUAAGUGAUUCGACUGCUAGAAUAAAAGAAUUUGAAUCAAUAAAUAUGCAUUUAAAAAAAUUAAAUGAAGAUAAUAUACUAAAAUUUGAAAGAAUCUCAAAAAAUUACAAAUUAUUAACUCAACAAUAUAGAUUAAUGAAAGAUUCCAAAGAAACAAAACAAAUUACAUCACCAAUCGAAGAACAAAAAGAAGGGAUCAAGAACCAAGAACCAUCUUCAGAAACAAAUACAGCUUAUUUGAAGAAUGUAUUGUUGGGAUUUUUUGAACAUAAAGAUCAAAGAGAUUUAUUAUUGCCUGUAAUUAGAACAAUUUUUCAAUUUUCAAAAGAUGACGAAACAAAAUUCUUGUCAUCAUUAAAGUAG